AUGGGCACCCUUGGGAACAGGCAGCUCCUGCUCUGCUGGGCCCUCUGGGGACUCUGCCUGGCCUCAGACUAUGAUGAUUACUCCCAGAACAGCACCAGCGAGCAGCCCGGUGCACCAGAGGUCACCCCUUGUCUCCGAGCCAUUCCGGGGGACGAGGCCACGGUCAACAACGUCACCUACCUGCUGAUCCCCGAGGCCACCCGUGCCCAGCUGGGCAGUGCCGUCACUGUGCGCCUCAUCCCGUGUCUGUAUGUCCUGGUGUUCCUGCUGGGGCUGCCCUCCAACGCCCUGGCCCUGUGGGUGCUGGCCGCGCGGGCCGAGCGCCGGGCCCCCACCGUGUUCCUGAUGAACCUGGCCAUGGCCGACCUGCUGCUCAUCUCCGUGCUGCCCUUCAAGAUCUCCUACUACUUCCUGGGCAACCACUGGCCCUUUGGAGAAGGGCUGUGCCGCCUCACCACGGCCCUGUUCUACGGCAACAUGUACUGCUCCGUGCUGCUGCUCAGCUGCAUCAGCGUGGAUCGCUACCUGGCCGUGGCUCACCCCUUCUCCUCCCGUGCUUUCCGCACUCCCACCUUGGCCGCCAGCACCUGUGCUGGGGUCUGGCUCUGCUCUGCCGCCCUGACGCUGCCCCUGACCCUGCAGCAGCAAUCCUACCCCCUGCUCGGGGCAGGCCUCACGCUGUGCCACGAUGUCCUGCCCCGGCAUGAAGAUGAUGGGUUCUACUUUUAUUAUUUUGUGGUGCUGAUCUCCUGCGCCUUCCUGCUGCCGCUGGUGCUGCUGGUGCUGAGCUCGGGCGCAGUGCUGCGCAUCCUCCUGUGCGGGGGCCGCCGCUACGGCCACGCUGCCAAGCUCACAGCCCUCAUGGUGGUCACCCUCGUGGUUUUUUAUGCUCCCAGUAACAUCCUGCUGCUGCUUCACUACUCCAGCCCCUUCUCCAGGCUGCACGGCCGGCUGUACCUCAGCUACAUGGUCAGCCUGGCCCUCAGCACCUUCAACAGUUGCGCUGAUCCCUUUGUCUAUUACUACGUGUCGGAGGAUUUUCGGGAGAAGGUGAGGAGGAAAGUGUUCAGGGGCAGCAAAAAAACCACCACAUCCCUAAAGACCUCCAAGGAAACGCUGCCGCUGCCCCGUUCCAAGCACUCGCUGGUGUGA